CAUCGCCGUCGUCGUCGUCAUCGUCAUUGCGUACCAACGGCGAAAAGAGCGCCCAACCUGACUAGGGGCCACCACCGCACCGAUAUAAAAGGUUCAACAUUGUCUUCAGGUUCAACCAUUUGUUGCUCCAACGUGCUCCCGGCAGGAUCCUCCCGAAAUUCGGUGGUGUGCAAGGCGACCAAGGGUGUGUGAUUCGUGUGUGCGCGCGCGAUUUGUGUAGUGUAGUGUGCUCAGAGGAGAAUUUCCAAAGGGACUAAGUGAUAGCCAACUCAGACAGAACCCCGAAGAGGAGGCCGUUGGGAAAUUCUGCGGUGUCGCGCGUUCGGGUAGGAGGCGCUUCUUCCGCCCGCGUUUAGUAGUUCAAGUGGCCCAUAAGUGAACGGGCAGAUUUAUUAGGUUAUCGUCGAUUGGCUGCUGCGGCGGUGAUUCUAAGUGCGGAAGAUAGUGGCCAAUAAAGUGCAGGAAGGCAAGGAUAAACCACGUGCUCGGCUCAACAAAACCGCUGAUUUCAUUUUGAUUGAAUAUUCGUCGCAGGAAAACAACCUUCAGCGCCCCACAGCCAAAAUGCCUCACCUGUCAGCAAUCUGCAUCCUGGUGGUUGUUUCGGUUCUGGUCCACAAUGCCAACGGAAAGCGAGGCUGUGCCGCAUUCGGUCACGCCUGCUACGGUGGCCACGGUAAACGAUCGUCGUCGUCAUCAUCGCUAUCGGAAAACCAACAAUACCCCGGAGGGAGUGCCAGCCAACUGGGUGGCAUCCCUCCUCUGCCAUACGCAAAGCUUGCCUUGAUCAACCGAAGCAAAGCUUUUGACGAUGCGUCACCUUCGGAACUACGACUAGUGAACCCGGAUAGUGACAACACCGAUCAGAUGGAGGAUUAUGGCGCGCGACAGGACAAAUUCGAACGGGCUGUGCAAUAUGCCGUGAAUGCUGUUCUCCGGCAAUUGCUGGAAGAGAGCCAACGUCAACCACCGAUGGAUUCCAGCAACUUCCAACCCAGCGAAGCGGGCCAACAACAACCACAAGUCGCCCCUGGGUUGCUAAUGGACAACGAGAAGAAGUAAAAUUCUUCCCAGUUUCGAUACCUACGCACCUGCAAAGCAGAAACUGUGACUGAUAAACGAAACGAGGAAAUGCGGUGCUUUUUCCAGUGUGAAUUUCCGGUUCAUUCAUCGAAACGUUACUAAUCCGAACUAAUCUACAGCUGAGCAGCGAGUUUCAUUUUUGGAUUUUUCGUUCGAAUCUGGUUGUGUUAAACAAAUCCUGUGUAGGUAUUUUAAGCUGCAGUAAGCAACUAUAUAAAUCGACAGCUGGUUUAUGCUCUCCAAGAAAGAUAGUCUGGUACGUAAGACUAGUUACGAAGAAUAAGAAAAGUUUUCCCCUUUUCCCGUCUUCUCACUGUUGUUUCUAUGCCGUUGUAAAAAAGAACUUAAACUUACCACUAUAAGGAAAACUCAAACACAACACGGAAGGUUAGGGAAAUUGAAGGUUUGCACACGAAGAAUAUAACUGAACAAAACGAAGUAACUUCAGAUGGAGAAGUGAAUACCACGACUCAUUCUCCCA